AUGGCCAGCGCAUGGCUCGUCGCGAGCAUCAACCUCGUUGUCAAGACUCUCCUGCAGGGCUUCCCCUACGAGGACCUGCCGCUCAACAUCGACGUGGGCAGCUUCACUGCGACGCUGACCUACCCGUUGAUCAUGUCCUGGCUUCUGCCCGUCUACGUCUACAACAUCGUGCUCGAGAAGCAGGAGAAGCUGCGCGAGAUGAUGAAGAUGAUGGGCCUGAAGAUGAUCAACUACUGGAUCGUCACCUUCCUGUACAACGCCAUUCUGUACCUUGCGGUGCUCGUCAUCGUCUACUGCUUCUCUUACGGCUUCGGUUUCGCCAUCUUUACCCAGGGAAGCGUGCCAGCAACGUUGUUCCUGUUCCUGCUCUGGGGAAAUGCGCAGAUCGCCGUGGCGUUCUUCCUCUCUUCGAUCUUCAACAGCACCCGCUUUGCCACCAUCUUCUGCUACUUCCUCGUCAUCAUCCAAGCCAUUCUCUCGUUUGUGAUCAACGCCACCGUGUUCAAGGACGACAAUGCGCCGUUCUUCUGGAAUCUGUGGCCGCCCUUCGCCUUUUUCCGAGCCAUCUAUGUCCUGGGCGCCCAGUGCGGUCGGGGCGAGUGUCCCGAGACGUCGGAUUACGACUUCAGCAACGAGAUCGUCCACAUCUUCCUGUUCCUCAUCUUCACCUCCUUCUUCUUCUACCUACUGGCAUUCUACCUGGAUGCCGUGCUGCCCAAGCAGUUCGGAGUAUCGAAGAAGCCGUGGUUCUUCCUUACCCCCAUCAUCAAGCUUUUCCGGCGCUCGGCGGGUUCUUCUGCUGUGGGCAGAAGCGUUCAAGCUGACGAAGAGAACCUGGCCCUGUUGGAGCCCAAGAGGAGCGUCACCCAGACUGUUGAAGCUCUGGAGGAGCCGGACGACGUGGCGCGCGAGAGGCAGAAGGUCUACGACGCACAGAUCGAUGCGGACUGUCCAGUCAUCAUUCGUGAUCUGCGCAAGGAAUACGGUGCUCGCUUCGGGUACCUCACCUCGUCGUGGCACGGGCACGUGGAGAUGUGGAGCAAGAAGGUGGCGGUGCAGAACCUGACGCUCUCCAUGCAGAAGGGUGAAUGCUUCGGCCUGCUCGGACCCAACGGAGCUGGUUUGUCGCCCCGCAUCCCCACCAUCACAACACUUCACCCACGCAAGACGACAACGCUGAGCAUCCUCACGGGCCUGUUCCCUCCUUCUUCUGGAACCGCACACAUUGGAGGCUUCGACAUCAGGACGGACAUCGACAAGGUCCACCGAGUGAUGGGCGUCUGCCCACAGUUCGAUACCCUGUGGCUGGAUCUCACCUGCGAGGAGACGCUCCUUUUCUACGCCCGUCUCAAGGGAGUCGCUGGCAAGGAUGAAAGCGAGCACACCAUGCAAUCGCUCAACAUGGACUUCCCGAAGCGCUUGGUCAAGGACCUCUCAGGAGGCAUGCGCCGCCGUCUCUCGGUCGCCGUGUCCCUCGUGGGCAACCCGCGCAUCGUCUUCCUCGACGAACCCACCACUGGUCUGGACCCGGAGAGCAGGCGACACUUGUGGGACGUCCUGGCGCAGGUCAAGACCGACCGGUGCAUGAUCCUUACCACGCACAGCAUGGAAGAAGCCGACCAAGAUCUGAAGACGAGGUUUGGCCAGGGCUACACGCUGACUUUGAACUACCCUCCGGAGGCCGAGAACCAAGUGACCGCCUUUGUGCGCGAACUGCUGCCGAGCGCAUCGCUGGUUGAGAAGUUUGCUGGCAACGCUACCUACCAGAUCCCGUCCACGAACCUCGUGAUCUCCGAGCUCUUCGAAGUCAUGGAGGAGAAGAAGGACGAAGCUGAUAUCCUUUUCCAACCACUCCUUAUCACAGACUGGGGCAUCAGCCAGACCAGCCUCGAGGACGUCUUCCUGACAAUCGUGCGCAACGACGAAGGCGGCAUCGGCUUCACGUCGUGA